UAUCAUCAGUACGCAAUCGUUGUUCUAAUUUCCCGCGCUGAUUCGAUGACGAAGAUUUUCAGAAGCAGCUUCUACCGGUCCAAACAACCCGAGCCGCCGCCAGAGGAGGAAUCGGCGGCGGGGGAGUACGUGGAUCUCGAGGAUGGCCAAGGCAAGCAUGUCAAGACGCCUGGAUGCGGCGGUGGCGGCUCUAGUGCCUCGUUCGCCCUCGGUCGGGGCAUCUGCUACAUACUGCUGGGCUGCGCCUUGCUGGGCUGCUCCUACCUUUUGCCCAAACCGGCGCAGGACAGCCACUUCGUAGCCAUGAUCGGCGCCUUGUACCUCGCCAUUGGGGCUGCCGCUCUGGCACUCUACGCUUGCACCUCGAGGUGGCGGUUGUUAGAAAUAAACCGUGACGGGUAUGCACCCAGAGUACGUGUGUGCGUGUGUGUCACGAUGGUGUGCGUGCGUGCGCGUGCACUCGUGGCCACGGCGAGUUGGUUAGUUGGUUAGCUAGCUUCAUGGCAUGAUAGGAUAGUCAUGCAUGUAGUUAGUUAGCUAGAUAAGUUGUUAGCUGGCCGGAUAGACUCCAUAGUUUGUUAACAUGCAUCAGAAUAGGGGAGGUGGCGUGUGUGCCAGCCUAUAAAUAAAGGCCGAUCUGAGUUGGUUGGAUGUACGUGGUAUGUGCCACAGUUUGAGCUGAGUAAAAGAAAGAAUAGGUCGUGCGUGCGGUCAAGGCGCCGUUCGCCGGUGUGGUGCCGUUUGUGCGGCAUGGCGUUCGUCGCCUGAAAAAUCCAGUGUGCUUUGCUCCUUCUUCUACCUCUGUUCGAGCUGGUGAAAGAGAGAGAGGGGUUCGUCCCAACAGCGGUCGUCGGAUUCUGAUUGAGUUUGUUCCUUCUUUACUUGCUACAUGGAAUCAUGGUCUCCAUUGGAUCGAUUAUAUUUGUCAUCUUUAUUAUAGAUGUAGUGGUGUUAGCUAGCUCUAGGGAGUUUUACGAGCGCACCGGCACCGCUCGGUUCCACGUAUAUAAAUUGAUUAAUUAGUACCACACCGCUCGCUUCCAAAGGGAUCUAGGCGGCUUAAUAAUCCAGGUAAUGACCUCGUCAUCGCCGAGGACAACAUUGACUGGACCAGCUAAGCUAGCUAGCUGAGCUAUAGCUCUGUCGAGGCAUUACCAGACGAAGCAUUGACUGGACCAGCUAGGCUAGCUAGCUGAGCUAUAGCUCUGCUGAGGUAAAAGCAUUCACUGGACUGGCCACCCAGUUGAAGUAAGUCUUUUUGUCUCCCUUCCUUCAUUUUUACUCCAUCGUACAACAGAUUAUGUUCAAUUUCUUUUUAAAUAUUUUUCCUCCCAUGGACUAUCAACACUAGUGGACAUAUCCUAUAAGAAAUUGCGUCAAAAAUGUGCUUCUGCUCGUUUCUAUCCACUCUCUUUUCAAUGAAAUAUAAAAGCAUUUAGAUCAGUAAAAUAGUGAUCUAAAUGCUUUUACAUUAGUUUACGG